AUGAGCGCGACGCAACGUGCACCGCUGCGUGAGCCGCUCGGAAAGAAUACUACGUCACGCAACACAGAGCCCAAUGGCAAAAUCCAGUUUGCUACGCUCAAGCCUGUGCCGAAAGAGGCGCGUGUGCCCGGCGUGGUGAGUGCCAACGUCUCUGUGAUGGCGCCCACGUCGGCAGCGACGACCACCGAGACGAAGCGAGGGGCUACCAAAGUAGCCUCUAGUCCAUUUGUACAGAAAGAAUCCAAGGCCUCGACGCUAUUGCAAGACGCGUCGGGUCGUGAGAACCGCCCUGCCUCGGCCGCCGGCGCCAAAGAGUCGGGCUUUGCAGCAGCACGUCGCCGUUUCGCGACGCCGACUUCGCAAGAGUCGUCUGUGAUGAGUCGCAGCAAGACGAUUCGCAAGGCCAGUGAGACGGUGGCCACCUCGGGUCCUGGAGCCAACCGAUUGCGUCUCUCGCGUCAGAGUUUGGCCUCGUUCCCUAGUGUGGAUGCAAGCCGCGCUACGAUUACCGAUCUGACAGACGUCUCAAAAGAGGUGGUCGGCAGUGCCAAGAGCGGAAGCACACGCUGGAUGGACGUGGAGCGCGAUAAUGUCCAAGCCUACGAGUACUUGUGCCACUGCAGUGAGGCGCAAAAGUGGAUGGAGAAGUGUAUUGGAGAGCCGCUGGGAGGCGAUAUCGCGAAUAUGGGCGAGGAGAUGCGCAAUGGUAUUGCCCUAGCGAAGCUUGCGAAAUCGUUCGAGCCGACGUGUGUGCCGCGUAUCUUUGUGCACCCGCGUCUGCAGUUCCGGCAUACCGACAACAUCAACUACUUCUUCCAGUUUGUCGAUAAGAUCCGUCUACCAAACUGCUUCCGGUUUGAGUUGACAGAUGUGUACGAGAAGAAGAACUUUCCCAAGGUGGUGUAUUGUCUGCAUGCGCUCAGUCACUAUAUGGCACACCAAGGCCGUUCGGACAAAGUUGACGACUUGGUCGGCAAAUUGGAGUUUGACGAAGAGCAACUGCACAAGACACAAAAGACGAUUGAUGCCUCUGGCCUGGCGAUGCCGAGCUUUGGCGGAGUAGGCCAGGCGCUGGCGCAGGAGAUGGGCACGAGUGCCGCCUGGAAACGCAAGAGUUUCCCGCCGCCGCCAGCGCCGCCAGCGCCAGCGCCAGCCCAAGCCCGAGAACGAGCCCAUGAGAACGAGAACGAAGAGACGCCAGCCAAGCCGCCUCGUAUGGUUCCCGAGCCUGCGACGCUGGCGUCGCAGCGUGCCCACCUGAAACCUGUCCCGACGUCGCCGUCGAAGGCCACGUCGCCAUCCAUGACAUCGCUGCGUGCGAACUUGAAGCCGGUCGGCAGUGUGCCUUCGCUUCGCUCACCGGACCACAAGGCGCAUGCAGCGCUAGAGCGCGCCAAGGCAGGGGAAGGCGACGAUCGCAUUGCACGUCUAGCGCGCGAGCGCCAGGCGCGUAUGGAAGAGCGCCAGCGCCAGCGUGAGCAGGAGCGCGAGAAGCGCGAGCAGGAGCGUGAGAAGCAGCGCAAGGAGCGUGAGCAGCGUCGUCAAGACGUUGAGCGCGAGCGUGCGCGGAAGCGCGAAGAGCAGGAGCGUGAGCGUGAGCGUGAACGUGAGCGAUUGCGUCUACGCCACGAAAGUGAGCGUGAGCUUGACAAGGACCGUGAGCGCCGUACGAAUCUCUAUACCAACGUGCGCUCCGUGACGCAGCGCGAAUUGGCGCGUGAGCGUGAGCGCCUCGCGGAGGAACGUGCGUUGGAACGCAAAGAGGCGGAAGAGCGAUUGCAUGCUGCGGAAGAGCGUGCGCGUCAGCAAGAGCGCGAGCGCGAAGAGAAGGAGCGGUUCGAGCGGGAGCUCGAGUACGAAAUGGAGCGUCAGCGCCAACGCGAAGCGUACGCGGCCGAGCUGGCUGCGGCGCAUGCCGAGACCGCCGCGGCGGAAGCGCGCUUGAAGGCGCUGACCGAGGCGGCAGAGCGUCGAGAGGCCGCGGAACGUGCGCGUGCGAGUGCGCUCUGGGUCCCGCCUUUGCAAGCGGCGGUGCGUGGUGUGCUGGCACGCCGCGCGUGGCAUGAGCAGCAUCUUGCGCUGCGUACACAUACGGCGUCGUACGUCGGUGUGCAGGCGUUUGUGCGUCGCAUAUUGGUCGAGCGCUCGAUGGCCGAUCGUCGUGCGGAUCGGCAGGUGUGGGCGAUCACGUCGCUGCAGGCGCAUAUUCGCGGCGCGCUGGUACGGCAGGCGCUCUAUGCCACGCUCACGGGACUCGACGAUGCGUGGGCAGUGGCCGUGCAGGCGUCGGUGCGUGGUAUGCUCGCGCGGGGACGUGUGUUGGACCGCGUUGUGCACCUGGAGUCGCACAUGGAUGGCAUUGUACGCAUCCAAGCGGCUGCGCGGGGCGUGCUCGCGCGUCGAGCGCUGCUCGCGCAGAUCGAGUCGCUGCUGCAGGACGACUGGAGUAUGGCGCUGCAGGCGCACAUUCGCGGGGCAUUGGCGCGUGCGUCGUUCCAGCGUAUGCGCACAGCGUUUAGCCGCGUGGAAGUGGUCAAGUCGGUGAACCAGAUGCAGACGUCGAUGCGUGCGGCGCUGUCACGUCGUAAGCACCAGGAAAUGCGCAAGCAGAUGGAGUACGUUAAGCCGGAUGUGACGGGCGUGCAAGCGCAUAUUCGUGGUAUGCUAGCGCGCCAGGAGUACUGGUGGUGGCGCGAUCACCUGCAUGCCAGUACCGAUGUGGCCGUGUACCUCCAGGCGAUGCUGCGUGGCGUGCUAGCGCGCCGUACCUUUGAUCGAGGCAUCGGUCGGUACCUCGCGCACAUCGACGACGUAAUUCGCGUGCAGAGCCUAUGCCGAGCGCGGCACCAAGGCCGCCACUACCGCGCGCUGCAGCGUGGGCGCGAUGUGCCGCUGGCCACGGUGCGUGCAUUCGCGGAUCUCCUCGAAGAGUCUGGUCGCGACUAUGCCGAGGAGAUGGAGUUGGAUCAGCUGCGUACGCAGGUCCUCCAGCACGUCAAGGAGAACCAAGGUGUGGAGGCGCACGUGGCCGAGCUGGACCGCAAGAUUGCGUUGCUCGUCAAGAACAAGAUUGGGCUGGAAGAAGUGACCAAGGCCAAGACGCAGCGCGGAUGGCUCGGUCUCGGCUCCGGCCGUGGAGCACGCACGACGCCCGAUGCGGCGGCGAUGCGUGUGCUUGAGCAGGCCGACGAUCCUAUGGGCGAGCAUGUGCUGAGCCCUCGGGCGCAGCACCAACUCGAUCUGUACCAGUCGCUGUUUUACCUGCUGCAGACGCAGCCGGUGUACCUUGCGCGUUUGCUCGUCCUGACCAACGCCGCCGACGUGCCUGAGCAAGACCGGCGGCAGCUCGUGCAGACGGUGCUGUCAGUGUUUGCGUACGCGCAGCAGCCGCGCGAAGAGUACCUGCUGCUCAAGCUCGUCGAGGCCAUGAUCCAAGCGCAGCUGCCGCAUAUCGCGAGCCUCGCGACGUUCCCACAGGAUCAUGCGUCGUUCCUUCGCUUGCUUGUGCAGUUUACCUGUGGUGUGCGGGAACGCGAUUACCUGUGCACACUGCUCACCCCGCCUGUGCAGCGCAUCGGCCAUGAAACGUCGCUGGAGUUGGAGGCGGACCCCCUCGUGAUUCAGCGCGCUUUGGGGCAGACGCCUGUCUCGCCCGACGACGAUGGCAUGGCCGCGCUGGAAGAUGUGAGUGUACGUACCGAGUUCCUCCGUCGAUUGCAGAACUUGCGGGCGACGUGUGAAGCAUUCCUCAAUGCCAUGCGUGCUGCGUCGCCACCUGUGCCGUACGGCCUGCAGUGGGUCGCACGCGUGCACUUGACGAGUCUGCAGUCACGCUUCCCGCACGCGACGCAGCCGGAGCUUUUGCGCACCGUGUCAUACAUUCUGUACCACAGCUACAUGCAUCCUGCCAUUGUCGCCCCAGAAUCGUUCGGCAUGCCCGCCAUGUCAGAGCAUGCACGCCGCAACCUCGUCCAAGUCUCACGAGUGCUCGCUCAAGUCGCGUGUGGCGUGCCAUUCGACGAGGACCAUCUGUUCCUCCAGCCGCUGAACGAGUACGUCCUGGAUGCCAGCGUGCGUAUGCACCGCUGGGUCCAGUCGCUGGUCGAUACGUGUGAGCCGCUAGACUUGCACUAUGGCAUGGAUGAGUACAGCGAUAUCAGUACGCCGCAGCAUCCUGUCAUCUACAUCUCGCCCAACGAAGUCUACGCAAUGCACCAGCUACUGUGCAACAAUGAAGCGACACUGUGCACACAGCCCGACGACGUCCUCGCCACGCUGCUCGCAGAGAUGGGCCCACCCCCCGUCUCGCAAACAGCCGAGCUCAACUCGGCGCGUGAUAGCGAAGUGACACUCACCCUCUCGCACCGCUUCGCGCAUACACACGACCCGAACAUGGACGCCAAGACCUUGUUUGUCGAGACCAAGCGUCUUGUGCUGGGCGUCUUGCGUGUGCAAACUGCGCCCGAUCUGGUAUCGCUGCUCGUCGCCCCAGUGACGCAGGCGGACGAAGCGACGUGGGAGCGUACACGCGCCGCAAGCGAGACGCUCUCCUUCGCCGAGCUCAAGUCCAUGGCGCUUGAGAAUGUGCUGCAUCUGGAGCAGCUGGGCCGCGUAUCACGUGCGACGCAGUACCAAAACCUCCUCGAUGCGAUUGCGGCGGACAUUCGCAGCAAGCAUCGCCGUCGUCUUGAGCGGCAGCGCCAGGCCGCCAUGCUGCAGUCCACGAUGCAGAAGUUGGUGCAGCAGCGUGCCUUUAUGGAGGACCAGAUCCAGAGCUACUCGAUGUGCAUGGACCGCGGCAUGCACAGUAUGCAGAAGAAGACACGCCGUCGUACGAUGGCCAUCCCAUUCUCGCCCCAGUUCUUCCACGAACGUCAUCUCAAAGCCGCAGGUGCGAUGCCCAAGUAUGGCUCGUACCGCUACACAGCCUCGCGCCUGCGCACCAAGGGCGUGCUUGCCCACAUUGACCGCCCCGACAACUUCGCGCCUGAUCAGCUGACGUUCAUUUUCUCCAGUGACGAGGCUGGCAUCAUCAAGGUAGAAGGUAUGGUCGCAGGGAUCGUUGCAGGCACUACUUUGAUCAAGAUGGAGAGCCUCCUAGAAGCACAGUACCAAAACCAGCUGUACGUCGGCGUUUUGGACAACGCGGUGCAAUUCCAUUUGGGCCCGUUGAUCCAGCUCAUUAAUAAGAAGUUUUAUAAGUAA